AUGUUCGACCCCGAUCAGCAGUGUCCACAGAUCGAGUUCGCCCCGGAAGACCGCGCACAGUAUGGCCACGCUGCACUAAGGCUCCUUCAGAACACGAUGGCCGAGCGCACCAAAUUCAACGCCGAUCCGCAGGACUGGGCGUUCAUCAAGCAUCGCAAAGAGUUCAGCAUCUUCAGAAGCGUGCGGGGGUCAGCCAACCAGUCGACUGUCGUUAUGGUGGGCACAGGACUCAUCGAUGGCCGGAUCGAGGACAUUUUGGAAGGACUCUACUGCGGUACGACCCACGAGCUCCGCAAUGCCAGAGUACUGCUGGGUUACGACGUGAAGGGCAUCUCCGUACCCAACUCGCACGAGCGACUCACACAGGAUGAUCCGUUCCUCUUCGCUAGCACCAAGUCGUUGGUGGGUAAAUGUGCCUUGAAGUUAGUAUAUGAGCGCGAUGCACUUACCUAUGAGCGAGUGGGGACCACGACCGACGCGCGCGGCCAAGAGCUUACUUACCACACCGUACAGCCCAUCAAACGACCGGAGUGGCCGUCGGAGCGCCAGGACAUCGCGUCAUGCUACCUCUCCCGCCAAGACAAGUUCACCAACAAGACGGAGGUUUUCCUGUGGGGCUCCAUCCUCAGGUUCGGCUCGGAUCCCGAGGAGGCCAUCCAACUCGGCGUGGCCAGCACCUGGCUCAACGUCGUCCGCAGUCCUGACGUCGGCCACGCCAAGAAAUACAGCGCCCUGAUGGACGAAGCCGACAGCCACCAGAGGAUGCCCUCCAGCAUAAACUGCCACGUCUGUUGUCGCAACAAGCCGAAGCUCGGCUCGCACGCACUUUGCUCAGGCUGUCAUCAGAGCGUAUGCAAGGACUGCUCCGAGCAGCACUACAUCUUCGAGCUGAGCAAGUCCGGACGAACGAGGAGGCGGUUGUUCUGUGCCAUGUGCAUCAAGGACGUCACAGGCAAGGCCCAUCUAGGGUCUGGAUCUGACCUGAGCAAGCACUCGACCUGCGGUCCCGACAGCGCGAGCAGCAGCAGUCGAUGGAGUGAGUCACUUUUUCAGCCGCAUAUUCAGUUAACUUAA